AUGCCAGACGUCAGUUCGUGUCGGAAAAUAUCGACAGUGCAGUUGUGCAAUUUGGAAAAGCAACCGUCAGGAUGUGGACUCGUGAUUGGAAAUAGGCAUGGCUGUCAUCGAACUGUAUACAACUCGACGGACGAAAAUUUCACCCUAGUUCGCCCAAUCGCACGAAGUCUAGUCAUCGCAACAAGAGCGAAAAGCAUGUUCUUGACAUCAGAGUACGAAGCAGAUGAUUGGGAGGCUAUUGAGAUCAAGAGUCCGACGUUCGCUGUGGACAUUCCGAGGGGAAAAAGGUUGAUGGUUGGGUCAAUGAAAGUCCGUUCACGUGUUGAUCAGGAAUCAUGCGACGGGAAGCUACGCAUCAUAGUGCCGGAGACGCAGUACUCGCCGGUUGAAUCGCUAUACAACGAAUGGAUGGGAACGUGGACAAAUGGAUUGAAUAUCGCAGUAAUAUGGUUCUCCGUGUUUUACCCAGCUGCACCAGAAGAUGGGGUCCGAUUCUGUGUGGUUUGCGGGAAGCACGACAAAUUUCGGCUUGACAGGCAUCUGAGCGAAACGCAUAGGGUUCCGAAGAGGAGUGAACUCUAUGAGGCCUACCAGCAAGUGGGAAGAGGAAUAGUUGACAGGAUGACUAAGGCAUCAGUGGAUCUAGAAAAAGUGCCCUCACCACAUCAACCGGGAGAGUGGCUAAUUUAUAACGCCUUCGUACAACGGUUACGUGAAUGCGGCAUUCCAAUACUGAAUGACCAUCUCGUUCAACAACCACCCGCACAACAGCGACCACCACUUCGACGACCACAGCACCGCCGUGCUAGAGAGGUCGGAGACCGCCGUGCUAGAGAGCUCGAAGAAGCAGCAGCGAUUGUCGAAGAAGUAGAAGAAGCAGUACCUGCAGUUUUAGAAGAAGUAGUAGCUGCAGUUGUAGAAGGAGAACAGCAGCACAUAAGAGAAGCCGGAGAGGGAAGGGCCAUGGAAGAGGAUCACCGACCAGCGACACGUCAAGGACCAUCGAUUCCAAGAGAGCAGCUGUGCUUGACGGUUACUGUAGCUGAGGAUAGGCUUUAUCGAGGUGGUCCAAAACCCCAUCCAGCGUUCUUGGAGGCACCUUACAAGACGCUCAUGUUUGCUCAUGAAAUGGACGUAUGGAGAGAGGAAGAAGAUUAUUACGUGCAGACGUUCACGAUUCCACCACAAAGCCAGCGUAGUCUUAGUGAGUGGAAUUAA